AUGCCCACAUGUAGCUCAGGUUCAGAAGAUCUUGAACCAUUUGAUUCUGAGAUUGAGGCAACUAUAAGAAGAAGGAGAACAAGUAACAGAAGCAGGAGAAACAUGGUAGACCAACCAACUAAAUCCCUCUUGGAGUACGGUAUUCCUGAUAUGACUACCGGAGUCCUUUCAACCAUCAUAAGACCACCAGUCACGGCUCAGCACUUCGAGCUCAAGCCACAGUUCAUACAGUUCAUCUCCAAUAAUUCAUUCACAGGGCUACCACACGAUUGCCCCGUAAGCCAUAUAGAUAGCUUUUUGGAGAAAUGUGACAUUAUGAAGUUGAAUGGUGUUACAGAUGAUGCAAUCAGACUACGCCUUUUCCCCUUCUCACUUCGAGACAGGGCAAAGGAGUGGUUAAGAGAUGAAGGCACUGGCUCGUUCGAUACAUGGGACAAGUUAGUGAAGGCCUUCCUAGUGAAGUUUUUAGGGAAUGAGAAGACUGCAAGAUUGAGGAAUGAGCUACAAACUUUUAAGCAGUCAGAUGAUGAGUCUCUCUAUGAGGCUUGGAUGAGAUUUAAAAGAUUGCAGAGACAAUGCCCUCACCAUGGCAUUCCAGAUUGGAUUUUGAUGCAAACCUUUUACAAUGGCAUGACUCAUGAGUUCCGUAUUUACAUAGAUGCUGCGUCAGGAGGUUCUCUCUUGACAAAGAACCCCACUGAAGCUAGGGAGCUCAUAGAGAAGAUGGCGGCUAAUGAUAACUAUCAUCCUGGAGGCCGAAACACUGUGAAAAAGGGAGGUAAACUUGAUGUUGAUGCUUUAACUAUGCUAACUAGUUCUGUGCAGGCACUAACAAGCAGGUUUGAUAAGUUCCAAGUAGGAACUUCUAACACCCCACAGGAGUUGUGUCAGUUAUGUAAUGUGCAGGGUCAUGUUGCUCCAGAUUGCCCACAGAUUUCGCAGAAUACGGAAGAGAUGUCAAUCGAGCAAGCCAAUGGUUUCUACUCCUCUAACCCAAAGAGACCUUAUGACCCUUAUUCCAACACCUACAAUGAAGGAUGGAAACAUCAUCCUAACUUCUCAUACAAAAAUUCCCAAGCACAACAAAACCCUCCACCACCACCUCCACCCAACACCUACAACCAACCACCACCUGGUUUCCAACAGAAAACACCCAAUGCCCACCAACCAAUGCAACAACAACCUCAGAAAUCAAGCCUAGAGGUGACAUUAGAGAGCUUUAUAACCGCAACAAACAGUGCCAUCCAACAUCAAAAUAGCUCUAUCCAACAGUUGCAGGCUCAGGGUAAACUUAUGGAGAAUCAGAUAAGCCAAUUGGCCAACCAAUUUAGCCAAGCCCUAAAGACUCCAGGAACCUUCCCGGGCCAGACUGAACAAUCUCAAAAAGGCAAAAUAAAUGUCAUCACCCUGAGGAGUGGAAAGCAGUUGGAAGAUCCUCCUACUAAGGAGCCAUCAAGGGAGGUCAUUGAAUAA